UCUGCCGCCGGAGCCGCGGUCAGUUUGCUGGUCCCGUUAGUGUCCUGAGGCUCACGCCCCGCCAUGUCCCGCUACCUGCGCCCCCAUAACACGUCUCUGUUCCUAAGGAACGUGGUGGACGACACCAGGUCUGAAGAUCUUCGACGGGAAUUUGGUCGUUAUGGACUUAUAGUUGAUGUGUAUGUUCCACUUGAUUUCUACACUCGUCGAAGAGGAUUUGCUUACGUUCAAUUUGAGAGUGUUCGUGAUGCUGAAGAUGCUUUACAUAAUUUGGACAGAAAGUGGAUUUGUGGACGCCAAAUUGAAAUACAGUUCGCACAGGGAGAUCGAAAGACUCCAAAUCAAAUGAAAGCCAAGGAAGAGAGGAACGUGUACAGUUCUUCACGCUAUGAUGAAUAUGACAGAUACAGACGUUCUAGAAGCCGAAGUUAUGAAAAAAGAAGAUCAAGAAGUCGGUCCUUUGAUUACAACUAUAGAAGAUCUUAUAGUCCUAGAAACAGUAGACCAACUGGAAGACCACGGCGUAGCAGAAGCCAUUCCGACAAUGAUAGACCAAACUGCAGCUGGAAUACCCAGUACAGUUCUGCUUACUACACUUCAAGAAAGAUCUGAGAAAGCGGAAAAAGAACCAAAGAAGGGCAGUUCAAGCGACAAAAGGGUGGGUGGAAGGUGCUGCAGUAUGAAUACUGUGCGAAUAUUUUGACUCUGGUCUGAAAAGAUGAAAGAAUGUUAUCGAAACUACAUGGAAUAAAUGAAGUCCCUUCAAGUUUGAAAGUAAGCAUUUUAGGACAAAUAAAAAGAAAUUCAACGUUGUA